GAGAGAGAAUUCACACAGUGGUUGUGAAGUGUGAAGUAUAUACACAAAAAUCAACCCACCACGAAACCCCUUCCCUUUCGCUUUCUCUCUCUAAAACUGAUCAAAAACCCCAUUCCCACUCUCUCUCUCUCCUGCACUUUCUUUAUACAUACAUAAUCAUCCGUACAUACAUAUAUGUAUAUGUAUAUAUUUGUUUAAUUAUACAUAUACAUAAUAGUGUGUAUAGUGUGUAUAGGUAAUAUAGGCGUGGUUGUGUUUAGGAGGGAGGGGAGGAGGAAAAUGGAGAGGCAUAGUGGGACCCAGGCAAUGGAGGGAGGAGCAGCCGGCGUGGUUUCGGCGGCGACGACGGGGCUCGAAGAGCCUUUGUGGCAGUUGUCGCUCAGUGGUGGGCCCGAAUCCUACCCCGAGCGCCCUAACGACGCCGAUUGUAUCUAUUACUUGCGGACUGGCUUGUGCGGCUAUGGCGCUCGCUGUCGGUUCAACCAUCCCCGGGACCGUAGCUUGGCUGUGCGAGCUAUGAGGGCUAGUGGAGGGGAGUAUCCAGAGAGAGUGGGUCAGCCGCUUUGUCAGUACUAUAUGAAGACGGGAAUGUGUAAAUUCGGUGUUUCUUGCAAGUAUCACCACCCAAGGCAGGGAGGUGGAUCAAGCCUAGUGAUGAUGAAUAUAUAUGGAUACCCAUUGCGACCGGGUGAAAAGGAAUGUUCAUACUAUAUGAAAACAGGGCAGUGCAAAUUUGGGGUCACCUGUAAAUUUCAUCAUCCGCAGCCCGCUGGUGCAGAAAUGCCAGCACCAACUGCUGCACCUGGACCGUUGCCUGCUGCACCGUCCAUUUAUCCGGCAGUGCAGUCUCCCUCUGCUCAAUCGUCUCAACAAUUUGGAGUAAUGGCCGGCAACUGGUCAAUUGCGAGGCCUGCACUGCUUCAUGGCUCGUAUAUGCCCGGAGCUUAUAGCCCUAUGUUGUUUCCCCCGGGGGUAGUUCCAGUUCCAGGGGGUUGGACUCCUUAUCCGGCACCUGUUAAUCCCGCGGCCUCCCCCAGUACUCAGUCGGCUGCUGGAGCUGGACAAUUUUACGGCCUAACGCCAUUAUCUCCUUCGGCCCCUGCCUAUUCAGGAGUUUAUAUGUAUGCCGGUUCUGCCACUGGUCCUUCACGGGUCAGUCAGAGAGAACAUGCAUUUCCCGAAAGGCCCGGUGAACCAGAAUGCCAAUAUUACAUGAAGACCGGGGAUUGUAAGUAUGGAUCUUCAUGUAGAUACCAUCAUCCACAAGAAUGGAGUGGAUCAAAAGCAAAUUUUGUCCUAAGCCCCAUUGGUCUUCCUCUACGUCCGGAUGCACCGGUUUGCUUACACUAUUCACAAAACGGGGUAUGCAAAUUUGGACCUACUUGCAAAUUUGACCAUCCUAUGGGAACACUGAGUUAUAGUCCAUCUGCAUCUUCACUUGCCGAUAUGCCUGUUGCUCCCUUCCCCGUUGGAUCUUCUAUGGGCACUUUGGCUCCAUCGUCCUCGUCUUCAGACUUAAGGCCCAAUCUCACCUCGGGAUCCAACACGGAAGCCUUCUCUACCCAGAUAUCGUCCAUGAACACUUCUAGUGGUACAGUUGGUUCGAUAUUUUCAGUGACGGGUCCCGCUCCCCGUCCUGGUCUUCAGCAGUCUGGACAGAGUUAUUCUGCGAGUGGGAGCAGUAGUAUGGGUCAUGGAGGUGAGCUAAAAGAUUGAGUGAUCACAUUUUUUUCAUUGCUCAAUGAUAAUUAUGCAGAAUUAUUUUUGGUGGUAGUCCCAGUCAUAGGAAGCUUCUUGUCUUGAUCUCAUAAAAUCAUUAUAUCACAAUCAAACCCCAUUGUCAAUAAGUGAACUCCAUUCGUCAAAGAUCCAAAAGAACCUCCAAUAACCAAAAAGAAAAUGCCCCACUUUCCAUUUAGUCUGUAUUUGUGCCCAAUUUUGGAGCUUUCUUGUGUUUAUUUAUGUUGUAGUCAUUUAAAUUAGGGACCGAAAAGAUUCCUCCUACUCCGUUGUUCUCCCGUUUACUUCAUUCACCUCCCUCAUAGGAAUUGGGACCUGACUAAUUAGGAGUGAAUUUCAAAGUCUCCUUUUUGUCUGGAGCUCUUCUAGCGGGGAAACAAAAACAGAUGAUUCCGAGAACAACAAGCAAGGCAAGUGGUUAGUUUAUGCUGCAUUUUAUGUGAUAAGAUCAAUACUUGUCAUGUCGAUAUAUGAAUUACUCAGGACCUGAUAAAUUACCAUCAUAUACACAUUUCAUACUGUAACUUUGUAAGAAAUGCCUUUUUAUUUUUAUCCAUUUACUUUUUGAUAGUA